AUGAAGUCCUCUGACCUGGACCCGGAUUUGUUUACAGAAAGUUACUGCAAGGUGUGCAGUGCUCAGCUGAUUUCUGAAUCUCAGCGUGUGGCGCAUUAUGAGAGUCGAAAACAUGCAAGCAAAGUCCGACUUUAUUACAUGCUCCAUCCUGUAGAUGGUGGGUGUCCAGCCAAAAAGCUGAGAUCAGAAAACGGAAGUGAUGAUGACAUGGUGGAUAAGAACAAAUGCUGUACCCUCUGUAACAUGUCUUUUACAUCAGCAGUGGUGGCUGACUCACAUUAUCAAGGGAAAAUCCAUGCCAAAAGGUUAAAACUGUUGCUAGGAGAACAACCCCCGGUAAAGGCCACAGAAACUCCUCUGAGUCCACUUAAGCCGCCUCACUCAGCCAGUGCCCCAGGAGUGCCCAUGUCUUCACCCCAUCGUCGAAGAGAUUCAGACAGAUACUGUCAGCUCUGUGCAGCAUGGUUCAAUAACCCUCUGAUGGCCCAGCAGCAUUAUGAAGGCAAAAAACACAAAAAGAAUGCCGCCAGGGUGGAUUUGUUAGAACAACUAGGGAAGACGCUGGAUCUGGGGGAGUUGAGAGGUCUGAGACGCAGUUAUACGUGUAGCAUCUGUCAUGUUACCCUCAACUCAAUAGAACAGUAUCAUGCCCACCUGAAAGGCUCGAAACACCAGACCAAGUAUUGUGGAGGAGUCAAGGUCUGUGUUGUUGAAGAGAGCAUUUACAUUAAUGAAUUCAGGGAUCCUUUAACUAUUGAGUGA